GACGAGCUAGCUGAGAUUGGCCCCCGCAGCAGCCCCUAAUCUUGCACAGCCUGGCCGGAAACAGGUGGACGUUUCUAUGGAGACCCGCCUCCUCCGCUUCCCCAGCCCGGCCCCCUGCCACGCUUUAGCUUUCGGGAGCCGAGGGGGGCGGGCCCGGGAAGUCGCCCGCAAGAUGGGCCCUGCCCCCUAGAGGCCUAGUGGGGCCGGCGUGGCGUUGGGGAGUAUGGGCUUGCCGGCAAGGAGGCCUGCGCCUUUAAGGGGCGGGGCUGUGUCCUCUGUGGCAGACGCGGAUUGGCUGGGAGGGAUCCCCGGAAGUGAUGCACCGAGAAGCCCACGUGUGCGGGUUCUUCCCACAUGGCGGUGCUUCUGAAGAGGGUGCUGCAGUCGGCGAGGCCCCCUGCGGCCUUAGGCCGCCCCUUGGGACGGCGCGAGGCCAGCCUGGGCACUGAUCCCGGGGCUGCAGUGCGGGUGCGGUUCGCCCCCAGCCCCACAGGCUUCCUGCACAUCGGUGGCCUGCGCACUGCCUUAUACAACUACAUCUUUGCCAAGAAGCACCAGGGGCGUUUCAUCCUCAGGCUGGAAGACACGGAUCAGACGCGUCUCGUGCCCGGGGCAGCGGAGAAUAUCGAGGACAUGCUGGAGUGGGCCGGCAUCCCCCCUGACGAGAGCCCCCGCCAGGGAGGUCCCGCGGGGCCCUACCAGCAGUCCCAGCGACUGGAGCUGUAUGCCCAGGCCACGGAAGCGCUGCUGGAGUCCGGCGCCGCUUACCCCUGCUUCUGCUCGCCGCAGCGCCUGGAGCUCCUGAAGAAGGAGGCCCUGAGGAACCGCCAGACGCCCCGGUAUGACAAUCGGUGCCGGACCCUGAGCCAGGGGCAGGUGGCCCAGAAGCUAGCCAAAGGCCCUAAACCUGCUAUCCGCUUCCGCCUGGAGGGGGAGGCACCAGCCUUCCAGGACCUGGUAUAUGGCUGGAAUCGGCAUGAAGUGGCCAGUGUGGAGGGGGACCCGGUCAUCCUGAAGAGCGAUGGCUUCCCCACAUACCACCUGGCCUGCGUGGUGGACGACCACCACAUGGGCAUCAGCCACGUGCUGCGGGGCUCCGAGUGGCUGGUCUCCACCUCCAAGCAUCUGCUUCUCUAUCGAGCCCUGGGCUGGCAGCCACCUCGCUUUGCCCACCUGCCCUUGCUCCUCAACAAAGAUGGCAGCAAACUGUCCAAGAGACAAGGGGACAUUUUCCUGGAGCAUUUUGCUGCUGCCGACUUCCUGCCGGAUGCCUUACUGGACAUCAUCACCAACUGUGGCUCAGGGUUUGCAGAGAACCAGAUGGGCAGGACCCUGCCAGAGUUGAUAAAACAGUUUGACCUGACCCGGGUCACCUGCCACUCAGCCCUGUUGGACUUGGAGAAGCUCCUGGAAUUCAACAGGAGGGCAGGCGGCACCAUGACCCUGUUCCACUUUGAGAACUGCUUCACGCUGGCCGACGUCCCUGACUUCGUCACCUACAGAUGCAGCAGCCUGUCCCAGGGCAAGCCCUUCUGGAAGUGCACGCAGGCCAGGAUCACCUACGUUUUCAUGCAGCUGUGCAAGCAGGUGCCCCUCUUUUCUAGGCUUUUAGAAGGACCUGGUGUGAACUUAUCUCAGGAUGUCCUGAAUGGAGAACUGAAGAAGGUAUCAGAAGGUCUGGAAGGGACCAAACACAGUAACGUGAUGCAAGUCCUCCGAGUGGCCCUCAGUGGACAGCGGCAAGGACCCCCGGUAGCUGAGAUGAUGGUGUCCUUGGGAGCAAAGGAAGUACGGGAGCGAAUACAGAAGGUGCUUUCCAGCUAGAGAGAAGAUAGGACAGUGGAGGUGGCCCUGGGAGCCUGGACAUGCGUGGAAACUGCCUUCGGAGCGAAGCAGAAGGGACCUGGGGCCCAUCAGGAAACUCACGGAAGGAACCCCGAGUGGAAAUGGUCUCUGGAUGCACCCAGUGCAUUUAUGGCUUCCUCUCACCUCUCCUUGGUUCUGACACCACAUUACACGGCACAGGUUAGGAGCUGGUUCACGACACUGUCCAGAGGGCUUGCUUGUGUCAUAUUCAGCUCAGGCUCCCGUAGUGGUGGCUUAAACAAGAGAAAGUUAUUUCCUCACAGUCCUGGAGUCUGGAAGUCCAAGUUCAAGGUGUCAGCAGAUUCGGCUUCCCAGAGGCCCCUCUCCUUGGCUUGCCGAUGGUCUCCUGUGUCCUCCCGCAGUCUCUUCUCAGAGUGUGCUGUUGGUGUCUCUCUGGGUGUUCACAUCUCUUCUUGUAAGGACAUGGGUCAGAUGGAUUAAGGCCCACCCUCAUGGCCCAAUUUUAAUGUACGCACCUCUUUAGAGGUCAUGUCUCCAUAUACAGUUACAUUCUGAGGUCCUGGGGGUCAGGGCUUUGGCAUAGGAGUGUUGAGGGGAUGCAGUUCAGCCCCUACCAGCUCGGGAGCUGCUUGGACUCACAGGUCGCAGUUCUCAGGCCCCACUGGAUGUGGAGCGGUAAGGAUGAGUGACACCGCGGGCCGAACUGGAUGGCGGACUCUGGUGUUUGUAAGAGAAGUGACUGUGUGCCGAGGGUGAGCCUGCGCUCUGUGCCACUCUGAUACACCGUGCUCUGUCCUUGUAUUUGGGCACCGCGUCUCCUUCUCUACGGGUCCUCUCUUCUUCUCUUCAGUUCUCUCGACCUGGUCCUUGAACUGGAGACCUUUGUCGCGCCUGCUUUACACCUUUUUCUUCACACCCACCUCCCUCUGCACAUUCUUGUAAGUCACUGUCUGUGGGUUUCUGAAAUAAGAUGUUCUUUUUUUUUUUUUAAUUUUUUUUAAUGUUUUAUUUAUUUUUGAUACAGAG